GAUUGAGCCCAACCUGGAGAAGAUUGACGGUCGUUGCGUUGCUGAUGGAAUUAGUUGUCAUCCCGUUUAAGCUGAUUCGUAAGCAGAAGUAGAAUAUUCAGGAUGGGUCUUACAAUUUCAAGCGUUUUGACUAGGCUUUUUGGCAAAAAACAAAUGAGAAUAUUAAUGGUCGGUUUGGAUGCGGCUGGUAAAACAACAAUCCUCUACAAGCUAAAGCUUGGCGAAGUCGUGACGACCAUUCCUACCAUUGGUUUCAACGUGGAAACGGUGGAGUACAAGAACAUUUGCUUCACCGUCUGGGACGUGGGUGGCCAGGAUAAAAUCCGUCCACUGUGGCGUCACUACUUUCAAAACACUCAGGGACUGAUUUUUGUGGUCGAUUCGAACGAUCGCGAGCGAAUCGUGGAGGCGGAAAAAGAACUGCAAAGUAUGCUGCAGGAAGAUGAACUGCGGGAUGCCGUUCUGCUGGUGUUUGCAAACAAGCAGGACCUACCGAAUGCGAUGACCGCGGCGGAAUUAACCGAUAAAUUGCACCUGAACCAAUUGAGAAACCGGCAGUGGUACAUCCAGGCAACGUGCGCCACACAGGGACACGGACUAUACGAAGGCCUAGACUGGCUAUCUAAUGAGCUCGCCAAGAAAUGAUGGGCUACCGAGUGAAGCAACAACUAUCUAAACAAUAAACAACAACGCUGGCGGAUUAGUUAGAACGUGUAAGCAGCUAGUUGUUCGUUUAUCUCUCCACAUUCAACAACACAUUUUAUAUCCUAUGUCUAACGAAUGAAUGGUAAAAAAUAAAGCAAACGACAUUCUCCGUGAUUCGGUUGAACAUUUAUUGUGCUAAAAAAAGUAGAUAUGAUCAAAGUGCAAAUUGCUUGUCAUUUUGCUGCGAAUUCAACAGAGAAUGAGGCAGUUAAUUAUGAUUUUCAUUUUCGUCGGCAGAGACAGACUAGAGGUAAUACAAUUGGGAUGUAUAUGAAGGUAGUGAAACAGGCAAUUCGACAUAAUGAUUUGUAAAUUUAAGCAAGUAUUUUACUGUAUAAAUAAAUUAAUAAAACUA